GGGCGCGGCCAGGCAUGGUCCUCCGCGGGGCGGAGCGGGCACGCGGAGACUUGGUAAUCGGGAGGGACGCUACUGGGCAGCAUGGCUCGAAAGCGCACCGCAGGCGGAAGGCGGCGGAGGCGCGGCCGAGAAGUCGAGGACAAUAAAGCAGCCCGGCAGGAGGAGAGCGAGACGGAUGACUUUGAAGAUGAGAAACAGAAGCCCCCCAAAAAGGACUUUCUUUCGAAAGUUUCCCAAGGAAAGAGGAAGAAGAGAGGCUUCAGUGAUCCAGGAGAUGCCACAAAUGGUUCAGCAAAAAAGAAAGUGGCCAGAGCCACUGCUAAAUCUGAGAGGCCCAAGGCUCUGAAGGAGGAAGCCCUCAGCGACGGGGAUGAUUUUAGGGACUCUCCAGGUGAUUGCAAGAAGGUAAAGAAACAUCCAAAGAAAGAAGUGGUGGACAAAAGCAGUGAUGAAGAUCAGGACAGUGAAGAUGACUGGGAGGAGGUGGAAGAACUUACUGAGCCUGUGCUGGACAUGGGAGAAAAUUCUGCCACCUCAUUGUCUGCCUUGCCAGAGAAGGCAGUGGAAAUAGAAAUUGAAACACCAGAGCAGGCGAAGGCACGGAAAAGAAGUGAGAAGAUAAAGAUGGAACUUGAGACAUACGUGAGGAGGAUGAUAAAGCGCUUCAAUAAAGAAGUGCAGGAGAACAUGCACAAGGUUCACCUGCUGUGCCUGCUGGCCAGUGGCUUCUAUCGAAAUAACAUCUGCCGGCAGCCAGAUCUGCUGGCCAUUGGCCUCUCCAUCAUCCCAGCUCAUUUUACCAAGGUGCCCCUUCAAAACAGGGACGUCUCCUACCUUUCAAAACUGGUGAAGUGGUUUAUUGGAACCUUCACUGUCAAUACGGACCUUUCAGCCAGUAAGCAGGACAGCCUGCAAACAACCUUGGAAAGGAGAAUCGCCAUUUACUCUGCAAGGGAUAAUGAAGAGUUGGUCCAUAUAUUUCUUCUGAUUCUUCGGGCUCUGCAGCUGCUCACCCGGCUGGUGUUGUCUCUACAGCCCAUUUCACUGAAGUCAUCUGUGACAAAGGGGAAGAAAUCUCCCGAGGAAACAUCCUUAGAGGGUCCUGGAGGCUCUUCAAAACCUUCCAGUAAAGUUUCCAAAAGCCACAACAAACCCACAACCAGCAAAAGAAUCAAGCAAGAAGAAACCUUUUCUGAGGGCAAUGGCAAGGCAGAUGCCAGAGGGGAGAGAAGGAAGGCUGCUGUGGGCAACAGACAGCAGAGAAAGCCCUCCUGCAGUGAGGGAGAGGAGGCCAAGCGAAAAAUCCAGAGCUGUUCACAUACCCAAAAGCGAAAGCGGCGGGUGGCUGCCAAGGUGUCUUACAAAGAAGAGAGUGGGAGCGAUGAGGCGGGCAGUGGCUCUGACUUUGAACUGUCCAGUGGAGAAGGCCAGCAUUCUUCUGAUGAAGAUUCUGAGCCUGGCCGUCGAAGGCGGAAGAGGGCCCUUGCUCCUCAGAGGACAAAGGCUGGGUCUAAGAGUGCUUCAAAGACCCAGUGUAGAAGCCAGCGUGAGCAGCCAAGCUUUUCAGCAGCAUCUUCAGGUUCUUUAGGCAGUAAGAGAGGCAAGAAGGUCUCCAGUGGCGGUGAGGAGACAGAAGAUCGGAAAGCUUCUGGUGUAGACCAGUGGCUGGAAGUGUUCUGUGAGCCACAGGCGAAGUGGGUGUGUGUGGACUGUGUGCAUGGUGUGGUGGGCCAGUCUGUGAUCUGUUACAAAUAUGCCACCAAGCCCAUGACCUAUGUUGUAGGCAUUGACAGUGAUGGCUGGGCCCGAGAUGUCACUCAGAGAUACGACCCAUUCUGGAUGACAGCAACCCGCAAGUUCCGGGUUAAUGCUGAGUGGUGGGCUGAGACUUUGAGACCCUAUCAGAGCCCACUUACGGAGAGGGAGAAGAAGGAAGACUUAGAGUUUCAGGCAAAGCACCUGGAGAAGUCUUUGCCCACCUCCAUCGGCACGUAUAAGGACCACCCCCUGUAUGCCCUGAAGCGCCACCUCUUGAAAUUCCAGGCCAUCUACCCUGAGACAGCUGCAGUUCUCGGGUAUUGUCGUGGAGAAGCUGUCUAUUCCAGGGAUUGUGUGCAUACCCUGCACUCCAGGGACACGUGGUUGAGGCAAGCAAGAGUGGUGCGGCUUGGAGAAGUGCCCUAUAAGAUGGUGAAAGGCUUCUCUAACCGCGCCCGGAGAGCCCGGCUUUCAGACCCCCAGAUGAACGACCACAAUGACUUGGCCCUCUAUGGUCACUGGCAGACAGAAGAAUAUCAGCCCCCUGUGGCUGUAGAUGGGAAGGUACCUCGAAAUGAGUUUGGGAACGUGUAUCUCUUCCUGCCCAGCAUGAUGCCUAUUGGCUGUGUCCAGAUGAACUUGCCUAACCUGCACCGUGUGGCUCGCAAGCUGGACAUCGACUGUGUGCAGGCCAUCACUGGCUUCGAUUUCCAUGGAGGCUACUGCCAUCCAGUAACUGAUGGCUACAUUGUCUGUGAGGAAUUCAAAGAUGUGCUGCUGACUGCUUGGGAGAAUGAACAGGCCCUCAUUGAAAAGAAGGAGAAGGAGAAAAAGGAAAAGCGGGCGCUGGGGAACUGGAAGCUGCUGGUGAGAGGACUGCUCAUCAGAGAGAGGCUGAGACUCCGAUAUGGGGCCAAGAGCGAGGCAGUACCUUCCCAUGCAAAUGCAGGAGGUGGACUCUCUUCUGAUGAAGAGGAAGGGACCAGCUCACAAGCAGAAGCAGCCAGAGUUUUGGCUGCUUCCUGGCCACAAAACCGAGAGGUUAAACAAGAGCAGAAGCCUGAAUACCCUAAGAGGACCCGGAGGAGGCGGGCGGCAGAGGCCUCCCAUCUCUUCCCAUUUGAGAAGCUGUAAAGUGUGAGUGUCCACCAAGCCAGAGAAGGCAGACGGCUGAUGGGCCCUGGGGACUGCAGGCCAGACGGAAGUUGAGCUGUAGAUCAGUCUGACACCAGCCCCAGCCAAAGCCCCAUAGGGUGGUGCUGGAAGCUGCCCAGAACCCACUUUGGCAUUUGGAACAGUUUUCUGGGUGAUACCUUCUGACCCUUGGACCUUGGGAUUCUGUCUUUGGAAAUGUUUGUUUUAGAGGGUCUUAUUUGUUCAAAAUUCCUGUCUUAUGCUGAGGGCUGAGAUUACAGGUAUAUGCCACAAUGCCUUAUCUUUUUUUUUUUUUUUUUUUUUUAAUUCUGUCUUAAAUAGAAAUCACUAGGAAAUUAUGGGUAUUGAAGCACUGGGACACACCUCUAGUGCAGUUCAUGAAUGCUUGUUCUCCUCUCCUACAGACACAGGGCAUCUGCUUUUCAGGCCUGACUUCUCCUGAGUCAGGUUUCCAGUACUGCCUAAUGCUUUUCUAUCGGAGACACAGGCAUCUCUUGUCAAUGCACUUUUGGAAUUGAUUUUACAGUGGCAGACUAGAACAAAGGGCUAAAAUCAAGAAAGAAGGGGAAAAAUUUGAGAAUUAUGAAAAUGUUUGUAAAAGAUUAGUCUUAGACUACAUCCAGUUCUGGAUACAUUUACUCUGUACUAAGCUGCUAUAUGCCAGCUACUCAGGAGAAAGCCCUUUUAUAAAAUCUUUACAGAAAAUAAAGCAUUUACCUAAAAGCA